GGCAGUUGGAGCAGCAGCAGCAGCAGCUUGGGAGAGGACCAAGGAAGCAUAAGAAGGAAGAACAAUAGAGGGAAGACUUCAAAGAGAGAGGUCAAAAGGGAGCCAGAACAUCAAAACCGGUAGGUUGGAUGGAAAAGACUGUGAAUUAGACUUCUCCAGCUUUCAGCAGGAAACUGAAACCAUUUUCUGUGGUUUGUGGUUGGGAAGAAAAGAGGGAGAGAUGUUGUUCCUCCCCUGGCUUAUGCUCUGGGGCCUCAUCCAUCUUACCAAAGCUGGCCCAGUUUCAGCAAGAAAUGAAGAAUCCCUUCUUCCUUCAGCUAACAAGACUGUGCUUGGAAGAGGCAUGCAUCUCAAAGAAGGCGAUCUCAACAUCACAACCAUCCUCUCCACGACAUUUUUGAAUGUUCCACAUCAGAUCCAGUCUAACUAUAUCAUGGACUUCCUAAUGUGUGUGCUGGGAGACCGUAUAUUUGCACGUUUCAUGGUCUCCAUCUUUGUGUUUGGGCUUUUGGGAAAUGUUGCCAUUUUCUCUUAUCUCCUUUUCUAUAUCAAGAGGAAUUCCUGGAAUGCCUACAUCUGGAACUUCGCCAUCGCCAACUGUGGCAUCUUUCUAUUUUUGUGCAGUUCCUUUCUGCUGGCUUUCAUUAAUUAUAUUUUCCAUUCCUGUGACGCCUUUGAGAAAUUGUUCCUCUCUCUGGCCUACUUGCUUUUAUACACCCAGUGUAGCUGCAUGCAUUUCAUUGCGGGCAUUGGUGUUGACUGGGUCCUCCUUCUCCUCUCUCCAAGCUGGCACAGAAGCCACCAACCAAACCUGUCUUCUCUUAUAUCGGCUGUCACCUCUAUCAUCCUGUGGCCCUUGCUGUGCCAACUGCUGUUCUUCUUCAGCCUGGGGUUCGACACGCAAACCGUUGUCAUCCUCUCCUUGAUCCUUUUCCUCCCUCUGGUGUCCAUCUCCUUUCAGACCUUGAUCGUCAACACGUGGUACAACUUGGGCCAGCAAAAGAAAAUGCGUACGGAGAGAAUGCUUGAGAUGCUUGGAUCCAUCGUCACCCUGGUGCCUCUCCAUCUCUUCUUCACCCAGAACUCUGACUGCGCAAUCAUCUCAUUGUUUUUCAUGCUGUAUGUUUUGUUUUUGUGUUUUGCAAGGAUGAGCUAAGAAGGGUUGAAGUUGGCUUGUAGUACCAAACCUACAUCAAGAUGAAUAAAGCUUGCACACUUUUGUUUUUAAAAUAUG